GUCGCUAGAAACUUAGCAAUUUUAUGCAUCAACAAACGAGCUUUAUCUUUUGUUUUGAUAUUUCCAUAAAGCAUAUUACUUCGUACGAAGCGUGGAAGUUAAAAUUCACGUUCAUUUAAUUUCGGUAAUUUAUUUUUGUGUUCAAAAUUUUGUAAAAAUUAAAUUCCUUCUCAACACAAGGUACGUACUAGCACAUUUUAUCGCCGAAGUGAAAAUGCGCAGACUCGUGAAAUAUGGCUGUGUCUCCAAAUAAUGUCCGACAUUUUAACAGCGGGACUUCGAUCGAUAUUUGAGAAUGUGACGUAUAAUCUAUCUGUCAGUGCGUACACUAAAUAUUUACCAAACGAAAAAUUUGCCGUGAAGUGGUGUGAGCCGAAUUAUAAACGUAAAAAACACAAAAAUACGCGAAACUGCGCCGGCAGUCAUGUUUUUAUAUUAAAUGUGCACAAUACACGCAGGUGCGUACGCAGCCGUAGUAAAUUUUAUUUUGACUGGGCCUGCUCUUUACACUGUGGCCGACGAAGGCGCGUUUUCAUCCAAUAUCAAAUAAUGCCGCUCUCUCAUUUUAACAGCACAUAUUUACAGCAUUCUCUAAAUGAUUAGCAGAAGCAUCAUACAAGCAUGCUAUUUUACAUAUUACUUAUAAGGAAGCCAUCUUUUCAAAUUAUUUGUUAUCAGCAUGAUAGGAAAGGCGCCAAACCACGGCCUUUUGCGCAAACACUGUUUAUGUUCAUGUGCAUUAGUUGAAAAAACAUACGAUAGUACAGAUGCGGGCUAUUUGCAUUUUUCAAACUAUCUUCCUCAGUUUUGUUUCUCCGGAUCAAUUUUCCGAGAAAAUCCUCAGCUAUGGGUUUAUCUCCACGGGGGACUGUCUUCCAUGGUAUGGGUGAUUGGUCUUGAUAAUGAAUAAUUCUAACGGAAACCAAAACAACACUGAACAACAAAUUGCCAUGGUGGUGGCUUCACCUGGCCCAUCAGAUGAUGAUGAAGAUAACAUACCCUCAUCUCCUGGCUCUGCCUAUGAGGAAAACUCUGACCUCAUGGCAGCAGCUAUGGGGGAUGAAGUUACAGCACAGCUAGCUGCAGCUGGUCCUGUUGGAGUAGCAGCUGCUGCAGCCAUAGUAUCAUCUAAAAAACGGAAAAGACCUCACUCAUUUGAAACGAAUCCCUCAAUCAGAAAACGACAUCAAAACAGACUAUUAAGGAAGUUGCGGCAAACUAUUGAUGAAUUCGCGACAAGAGUGGGACAGCAAGCAAUAGUCUUAGUAGCAACACCAGGGAAACCAAAUACAAGCUACAAAGUUUUUGGAGCUAAGCCACUAGAAGAUGUGAUAAAAAACUUAAGAGGCAUGAUCAUGGAAGAGUUAGACAGUGCCCUAGCACAUCAAGCUCCUCCUCCGGUGCAAGAGGAUCCAACUCUAUUCGAGCUACCUCCACUAAUCAUUGAUGGAAUUCCCACACCAGUCGAGAAAAUGACCCAAGCACAACUCAGGGCAUUCAUCCCACUCAUGUUGAAAUACUCAACAGGCAGAGGUAAACCAGGUUGGGGCAGGGAAUCAACAAGACCACCGUGGUGGCCCAAGGAAUUGCCAUGGGCUAAUGUCCGAAUGGAUGCACGAAGCGAAGAUGAGAAGCAAAAGAUUUCAUGGACACAUGCUCUGAGGCAGAUAGUGAUAAACUGCUACAAGUUCCAUGGCAGAGAAGAUUUGUUGCCAGCAUUUACAGAGGAGGACGAAAAAGCAAACGCUGCGGCUACAGCCAAUGCAAAUUAUACUCCAACAGUCCUACAUACAAUCACUAACCCAGAUGGAACUGUGAGCAUCGUCCAGGUUGAUCCGAAUAACCCCAUCAUCACCUUACCAGAUGGCACUACAGCUCAUGUCCAAGGCAUGGCAACCUUACAGUCUGCACAGGGAGAUGGCAAUCAGGUGCACACUAUCCAGACGAUAACAGAAGGCUCGGGUGAAGUUGUCGAUCUGAAUUCCGUGACAGAAGCUACUCUGAAUCCUGAUGGUCAAAUCAUACUCACUGGAGAAGAUGGACAUGCAAUUUCAGUAAGCGGAGUUAUAACAGUGCCAGUCAGCGCUUCGAUGUAUCAGACGAUGGUAGCCAACAUUCAACACCUCCACACAAACAGUGACGGCACCGUAUGUGUCACGCCAGUGGUGCAAGUACCAAAGGUGGAGCCCAAUACAGGAGAUGGCAUGGAAACCUUGACAGUGACUCCAAGUGGCAUCACGACACAUUCGAUGAUGAUCCAAGGUUCUGGUAAUGAUGGACCUCAAGUGCUGCAGGUCCUUUCAUUGAAAGAUGCCACUGUCCUGACUAAAGCGAUGCAAGGUAUUGCAGACGUUAAAACUGAAGAAAUAAUAAGCGACCAAUAGGUUAAGUAAAUCCCUGUAAAAAUUUCCUUAAAUGUUCGAUGGUUUGGCGAGUUUGAAUUAUCUGGAUGUUCUUACCAUAGUCUCUUCUCCGAAUUUGGGUGAAAUUAGGUUUCGCUGACCUCAUUGAACAUUGUGAUUCUGAUUCAUUUAUUAUUGAUUAUUGUAAUUUUUUAUAGAGAUAUUUUAUAUUUAUAUUUUAUUUUUACAUAGUAUUCGAAUUUAUUUAUUUAUACACUUGUUAUCACAUAUACUGUUUAAUUUUACAUGUUUUCGUGUGUGGUAGGAAGUCUUUUGUUAGCUAACCAUACAAACGUGUAAAAUCGUCUGUGAUAGUGAUCGUCGUCACACGCCAUGGAUCUUAGGCGUUCGUUCACCACAUAACAUUGAUGGCCAAGUAGUAGAAUAGUGAUUAUGGGAAGUCGAAUCCUGGCAGGACCCCAAGUGUAGCUGCACAUGCUAACCACUGAUCUACCAAACCUUCCUGAUGACCUAAUGAAAGUCAGGAAGUCUGACCAUUCCGCUGAGUAUGUCGUUUUUUGACAUAGGUUUUCUCUGACAUUAUGUAGGUUUUUCUACAAGAUGUCAACUUAAAACUAUUCGCCCUGGAAAUUGCAUAUGCAAAUUGGCUGAAUUUCAAAAAUGAGAUAGUACUGCCAUCAGCGCUGUUGGACUGGCAUAGCAUAUAAAUAUGCUCCACUCGUUUAGUUUGUCAGGGACGGACUAGCCCUAACGCAAAUUGCUCAUUUUUGGAAAGAAAAGAUACUCUUUUUGGUAUUGAUAGGAUGGGCUCUCUGAGGUGGUUUUAUUCAUGUUAUACCUUGGAGCGAGUGGAGCUGAAAUUGAAAUUAGGACUUAUUACUGUAAUGGGAAAAAUUCUUGAAAGAAUGGUGAUACGUUUCAUAGCACACGUGUAAUUUUUGUUGAUAAUAGUUUUGGAAUCAUUAUAUAACAACUCAAAACUUAUUUACGUAUCUAGAAUUUUAUUUUUGGGUGCGGACCAGUUUUUUUUUGGGGGAUUCAGAAACUUGAAAGUAUCCGAUUUUCAUUUUCACAAGUUUGACAAGUUUCUGUAUUUUUGAAGGCCUAAUAUAAAACUAUUUCAUUUACAUCUGUCUUUGUAUGUGAUAACUUUUUUUACAAAGAUUGCAGAGAAUUAUGGUCUAAAGACUACCUAAUUUUACCCAAACAUCUUUAAAAAUAUCCAACUUCUUACUGAAACACGUUUAGCGUAAUUUUCUAGUCGUACUGUAGUGAAAUUUGUUUCAGUAAAAGAGAACGGCAUUUUUGGUGUAUAUGUAUAUAAUUUUUAUGUAAUUAAGUAAAAUAUUGUGCAUAUUUGUAAUUGUAAUUAUUGUGAAGCGAAAAUACCAAAUAUUUGUUUAUUGGUGUACAUGUGCAGUGCUUUUCAAAUAGAUACUUUUUUCGACCGGGUCAAGUUAGCAAGCUGGAAUUGGGAGCGAUAAAAUUGAUUCAUUAAUACUAUGUUUCAGCGUAAACGUGUCAGUCGAAAAUUUCAAGAUGGUGGCUGGGCUUUGAAAAUGAGGGAUAGGCAGGCUGCCAACUUUGAAUCUUGAUAAGGAGCUUCUAUGUGAUGUAUCGCAUUGAACAGCACUGUUAUACAAUAUUCAUACUUGGUGGGAACGAAAAUAGAUUCAUUUUGCUUUGAUAGAAGGCAUGGGCGCCCAUUGGGGAAAUCGGGGGCGUAUGCUUCAAAGUGAAAUAUUCUUAAAUUCUUAAUAAGAUACCCAAUCCUUGGGUAAGAAGUGGAACAUCCCAACAUAGAAGAUAGGCUUCAAUUGUCACCAACGGGUUGGCUAGUCCUUCUCAGCAUUUUUGAUCCUGCACAACCUGUAAACCUGGAUUUUGCUAUAUGAUAGGACAAACAAACGGAAAGAAAAAUGCAAAGGUACAUAAAUCAUACUGGAUAAAAUGAUGAAAAUCAUUUAUUGCAUAAGGAUCAUUCGAGGGGAAGCUGCAUGCAAAGAGACUGACUACGCUGAUGUUCAAAUAAGCAAUUUGAAUUUCUUUUAUUACUAAAAACGUAGGGCCCUAAACGUUACCAUAGCUAUGAGAUGACAUACAGGUGUUGACAGUAACUUUUGUUUCCAUAAAUCACACUUUAAGCGUGAAUCUCAUCCCACAGCUAUUUAAUUUUUACGGUUCUACGCGGAAUAUUUCACAAUUUAGUUCAGUGACAAAAGAGAAACGUAUGCUUUGGAUUCAAUUUUUUAAACUCAAAUUGUUCAUUUGGCAAAUCUGCAUCGUCAUUCGCAGCUAUGCAACCUCCCACUUACACUGUAUACUAAACUGUGCAGACUAGGCCAAAACCUCACAUUCGUAGGAGACAUUUUUCUAGUCGAUUUUUUUUUUCAUAAUCAUCUUUGUUGGAUGCCUCUUAACCCGAAACAAGGGGUUGCCAGGUGGUAAUUCGAUGCACAUCUGUUUAAAUAGGCUGACCUCAUUGAACAUUGUGAUUCUGAUUCAUUAUUAUUGAUUAUUGUAAUUUUUAUAGAGAUAUUUUAUAUUUAUAUUUUAUUUUUACAUAGUAAAUCAAUCUAAAAAAAUAUUGCUCCGGGCAAUGUUUUUUUAGAUUAUUUGGACCAUUUUGAACAAAAAAGCAUAUUAACUUUUCUGUAAAGAUAGCCUUUUUUAAGCUAUAACUGGUUUAAGGUCUGAAAAUCCUUGGCGUAUAACUAAAUAACAAUGAGAUAAGUCCAAAAUACUUUUCUAUAGGACGGCGUACAGGGCCGCAUUCAGGGCUACCUCCGAAUGAUGGACUACCACCAACGUGUUGUAAAACAAAGAUAACAGUAUUUAACAGAAACUUAACAAAUUACUCAAAUACACUUAACAACGACAGCAACAACCAAGCAAGGUGAAUACGAAAACACGAGCACGCAGUGAUACACGCGACGGACGGUGGCCUGAGUGCAACUCUGCCUGCCCUGCCCCUGUCCCGCGCAUUAUUCCGCCAGGCGACCGCUUGAAAUUUAAUGGCGAAUUGACCAAUAAAAGAGGCGUUGUCCCCACCUGUUACCGAGAGAUCACGCGCUAACUGUUAUUAUUUACAUCUGAUCUUGAAUUUGGAUUCAGUUUAGAGGAAAGUUGUGCCAUUUUUAGGCUUUCAAUAAAAAAAACUAAAGAAAUGCCCACAGUUAAAAAGCUUUUUUUAAUUCGUUUAAAGAAUGUUUAAAACUUAUUUGCACCAAGAUUCAUGUUAAACGGAUGCGAGGUUUCUGGCUCGUCUAUUUGUGAUAGACGUGCUAAAUGACAGUUUGGUAUGUUUCAAAAUAUAAGUAACUUGAACACAUUGUGUAGGACUAUGCCUUUCUUUAUAGUAUCUGUGCAGUUACUUCAAAUUGGUGCACGAUUGUAUGGGUAUACUUGUACACUUCUAAACAAAACCAAUCGUAGUAAAUGUUGUAUAUAAAGAUUUAAUUAUCAUUUAGUGAUCUUUGUACAUUCAAAUCUUUAGAUAUACAUAAUACAUAGGGUAAUCGUUAUUAUCAUUCACAAAGGACACAGUAUUAUGCCGUAAAUUAAUUUUUGGCGUUUUUUAUAGACCUUUGAAUUUGAAGCAGCUUCUAAUGAAAGUGUAGAGUUGAGAAUAUGAGGUGCAUCUUAGCGUAUUUAUAUUUUUCUGACAACUAUUAUGAUUUGGCCUAUCCGACUUGAGGUUGACCCUGUAUUAAUGUACCCUUACUAUGUUAGACCUUCUAUGUGUUUGCGGUCAGGGUUCCAGUUAUUCUCGAAUAUUGUAACACAAUUCUAGCCACUGGAGGCAAAAAUACAUUACGUAUAAAACGCACCCUGUACCAGUUGAUAACCUCAUGACGAUGUGCUUCAUUUUCAACAUGGUUCUAUUAUAAGUUGUGUUUUUAGAUAUCAUGAUUUGUUUAACAUUUCCCCCUUUUUUGGUGAGAAUCUCUGUUUUGUUUUCACUUACUAGAGGCCCUCUAGAGAUAAGGAAUGGCAAAACUUCAUUUAUAUUAUAGUGCUUUAUGCAAGUACCUUUAUUAUAAGAUAUUCAAUUUGUUCUAUUAUUUUGUUAUCACUUCUACUAUUCAAGGCCAAUUAAAAAAGCCUAUUGGGUAGAAGGCGAUUUAUGUCUGGAAUUUAUUCUCAAUCAUUUUCUACCACGAUUUGUAAUUUAUAGAUGCUGCAUUCGUCAUAAAAACAAGAAUGAUAUACAUUGUGGAUAUUUGAUUUUUUCUUAUGAUUCAUGAUAAUAGGGUUGAUCAAGCCACCAAAACUUGAUUAACGCUUUAAUUUUUAGCGACUUAGUUAUAAUAUAUUUUAUGCUCCCAGGUGGCAUCAAUACGUAGCUCCUCAAAAACUUGAUUGAAAUAUAACACGAGUGAAAUUGAUUUUUCAAAAUAACUGCCAAACCGUGAUGUGACAAAAUUCCAGCGAUAUUUUGACCUCUACAAACUGUAACGUAUCAGCAGUUUUUCAUAUUUAAAAUACUGCUGUGAUGGGAUUAUCCACUAUAUAUUUUUCUAAAUAAUACACUGGCGUAAUUUUUUUACAUUCAUUUAUGUUAUCAACUACAAUUAUAUAUUAUUUCAUUUUAUUAAAUCAUUGUUGCAAUUUUGGAAAAAGUAUAUAGAUGUAUAUUCGUCGUCUACCAACUGUAGACACAUUAUUCUUUAUACACAAAAAAAUGAUGAAAAUACUUUUAAACAUUAUUUUUGAUGUUUGAAAUGCAGAUGUCAUAUAUUUUAAUGAGGUGAUGUGACAAAAUUCCAGCGAUAUUUUGACCUCUUCAAACUGUAACGUAUCAGCAGUUUUUCAUAUUAAAAAUACUGCUGUGAUGGAUUAUCCACUAUAUAUUUUUCUAAAUAGUAUACUGACGUAAUUUUUUUAUAUUUAUUUAUGUUAUCAACUACAGUUGUAUAUUAUUUCUUUUUAUUAAAUCAUUGUUGUAAUUUUGGAAAAAGUAUAUAGAUGUAUAUUCGUCUACCAACUGCAGAUACAUUAUUCUUUAUAUAGAAAAAAAUGAUGAAAAUAACUUUAAACAUUAUUUUGAUGUUUAAAAUACAAUGUUAUAUAUUUUAAUGAGGUGAUGUGACAAAGUUCCGGCGAUAUUUUGAUCUCUUCAAACUGUAACGUAUCAGCAGUUUUUCAUAUUAAAAAUACUGCUGUGAUGGGAUUAUCAACUAUAUAUUUUGCUAAAUAGUAUACUGACGUAAUUUUUUUAUAUUUAUUUAUGUUAUCAACUACAAUUAUAUAUUAUUUCAUUUGAUUAAACCAUUGUUGUAAUUUUGGAAAAACUAUAUAGAUAUAUAUUCGUCUAUACACAAAAAAAUGAUGAAAAUACGUUUAAACAUUAUUUUUGAUGUUUAAAAUGCAG